AUGGUGAAGGGCGCUGUUCGUCGUACCAGGGGUGGAGCGGGGGAGUUGAUUAUUUCAGGCCUUGAGGCUUCGGGGCCUUUGGGCACUUCGGUCGACCUUGCGGGGUUGGAUGAUUUGAUUGAUGGUGAAGCCUAUCAUCAUCGCUUCGAACCGAAGCAUGCAUUGGAUUUUCAGCAAGACUAUCUACGAGGCCUUUCAAACAAUGACCCGAUAUCUAAGUCAAUGAGCUAUACUUAUUCACCCGCUUCAUUGGGUCCUUCAAAUUCGCGUCAGCAGACUAGGGCUCAGCGCCCUUUGUCAAACCUGCAACCUAUUCAGCCUACACCUGCUCACGUUUCUUCCGAUACAGUAGUGCCGCCCAAGUCGGGCUCACCGUCGUCGUCUAUGACACAGAGUCCGGUAGAAUAUGCAACGCGUUCAUCGAGCUUGCGCCGGAAAAGACCACAGUCCGAUUCAUCCGAUCAGGUCGACGCUGCAGCUGAUAAACGACGGCGGAAUACACUUGCUGCCAGGCGAUUCAGACAGAGACAGCAAGAUCGAAUUGCACAGUUAGAGCGGGCGUUAGAAGAAGUCGGUCGAGAACGGGAUGACUUGAAAGUGCGGGUUGCGAAGUGUGAAGGUGAAGUUACGGCGCUGAGGGGGAUGCUUGGGAAGAAGUCGAGGAUGUAG